CCGCAGUGUCGAUCGAUAGUGUCAACUCUAGUCGGCCCACAGCGACGACGCCGCGUAAAAUAUUUUUGUUUCUCCGCAUUCGUUGAAAAACAGCGGCAAUUGCUUGUUUUUAUGUGUGGUGCGCGUCCCAGGCAAAUGCAAACGAGUCCGCGACUUCAAUUGCCGAACGCCUAACGCCACCGUGAAUAGAAAAUAAUAGUGAUGCGAAAGACCCGCUCUCAGACGGCUCGCACGCAGGCGGAAAAUGCCGCAACAUCUUCGAGCCCCGGGCACCAGUCGACUUCGUCAGCGCCAAUAGCAGUUAAUCCCUUUGAUUCCACCAAGUACAAGGAAUGUGAGCAAAUGGUGCAGAUGCUUCGAGUGGUCGAGCUGCAAAAAAUCCUGUCGUUUCUGAACAUCUCAUUCGCUGGACGAAAAACUGACCUGCAGAGCCGCAUCCUCUCGUUCUUGCGCACCAACUUGGAACUGCUUGCCCCGAAGGUCCAGGAAGUCUACGCCCAGUCCGUGCAGGAACAAAACGCCACGCUGCAGUACAUCGACCCAACCAGGAUGUACUCGCACAUCCAGCUGCCGCCCACCGUGCAGCCCAAUCCCGUGGGCCUCGUGGGCAGCGGCCAAGGUGUGCAAGUGCCCGGCGGCCAGAUGAAUGUGGUCGGCGGCGCACCCUUCCUCCACACACACAGCAUCAACAGCCAGCUGCCUAUUCACCCCGAUGUGCGGCUGAAAAAGCUAGCCUUCUACGAUGUACUCGGAACGCUAAUUAAGCCUUCAACUCUGGUGCCACGCAACACUCAGCGCGUCCAAGAGGUGCCUUUCUACUUCACGCUCACGCCGCAGCAGGCCACCGAGAUUGCCUCUAAUCGCGACAUUCGCAACAGCUCCAAGGUGGAGCACGCCAUUCAGGUUCAACUGCGCUUUUGCCUGGUGGAGACUUCGUGCGACCAGGAGGACUGCUUCCCGCCGAACGUAAACGUCAAAGUGAACAACAAACUCUGUCAGCUGCCUAAUGUCAUUCCUACAAACCGACCAAAUGUGGAGCCCAAGCGUCCGCCGCGACCCGUUAAUGUCACGUCCAAUGUAAAGCUGUCGCCUACCGUCACCAACACCAUAACGGUUCAGUGGUGUCCGGACUACACUCGUAGCUACUGUCUGGCCGUAUACCUGGUAAAGAAGCUCACCUCAACACAGCUUUUGCAGCGAAUGAAGACGAAGGGCGUAAAACCAGCGGACUACACGCGAGGCUUAAUCAAAGAGAAGCUGACUGAGGAUGCUGACUGCGAAAUAGCCACCACUAUGCUGAAGGUUUCCCUUAACUGCCCGUUGGGCAAGAUGAAAAUGUUGCUGCCUUGUCGAGCAUCAACCUGCUCGCAUCUGCAAUGCUUCGAUGCCAGUCUCUACCUGCAAAUGAAUGAGCGUAAGCCCACGUGGAACUGCCCUGUAUGCGACAAGCCGGCCAUUUAUGACAACCUGGUCAUAGAUGGCUACUUCCAGGAGGUGUUGGGCUCGUCGCUUCUAAAGAGUGAUGAUACUGAGAUUCAACUUCAUCAGGAUGGAUCUUGGAGCACACCAGGACUACGGAGCGAGACGCAGAUCCUUGAUACGCCUUCAAAGCCCGCCCAAAAGGUUGAGGUUAUAUCGGAUGACAUAGAACUUAUCUCGGAUGACGCCAAGCCAGUAAAGAGGGAUUUGUCCCCAGCACAGGACGAACAGCCCACAUCAACGUCAAACAGUGAAACUGUUGACCUAACGUUAAGCGAUUCAGACGACGACAUGCCGCUGGCUAAGCGUCGUCCGCCCGCCAAGCAAGCCGUCGCCAGUUCCACGUCGAACGGCAGCGGUGGCGGCCAACGUGCCUAUACCCCGGCACAGCAGCCCCAGCAAUCCGGUACGUUGGAUCCCUUUUUGCAAUAAGCCAGUAACGAGAAUUAUAUCUCUGUAUAGCCAAGAAAUCUUUAUGUUUACAAAUUGCUAAUUGUAGACCCUAGGGUAAAGUAGUUAUAAGAAUCCAUACACAUCCCAUUUACAUACAUCCACACUGACUCAACCACGCUUCGGCACCAAUAAUUUAGACAAAGGAAUGAAAUCCUAACAAGAUCAAGCAUUUAGGUUUCGGUUCACCUUUUACGGCACACCUCUAGGACAUCAUUUAACGUAAAAGUAUUUUUUUGGUGCAUCAAUUGUCUUAAAUAAUAUUAGAAAAUUUUAACUGCAAAAGUUCGAAAGAGUAUUCACAUUGUCCAAAAUGAAAAUUACAUAUAUGUUACAUAUGAUUCUGACUUCAUCAUCACUUAUUGUUAUUCAAAUAUAAUUAGGUCCCCGAUUCCGCUUAUGACUUUAGUGCAUCAUUUGAUUUUAGUAUGAGUACACCCAGUUAAAAUUAACCCAAUUUUACGUGUAGUAUGUACAAACAUAUGUUUAUGUUUCAAAAAAGUGACCAGAAGGGCUAUUUAUCAUGAUAAUUUUGUGUUAGAUCUACGGAGUCCAGCAUCGAAAAGGUUUCCGUAGAUUUCGUAAAAUCCCCUAGCCAAAACUUGUAUAGACUAAGUAGGCUAUAAAUUGACUCUAUCCGCUUUCGUUGCUUGUAUUGUAGGUGGUAAUGUUUUUAAAAAACCUCAGAAAGCGGAGGAGCUUUACAAGCGUGUUCAUUUAGGAGUUUGGCUGCGCCCACGGUAUGUUUUCCGUCGAUCGAUUGUGAAAUGGUUCGGGUUUGGAACAAGAAUCCCAUACUUAAUCAGAACAUUCUUACAGAAAACCCAAGCCAGAGAGCUCAAGGCGCCCAAACGUCGGCUAAGCAAAGUUAAUAGAGUAUUUUUCGGUUUUAUACCACCAUUUGUCCUAAUUCAUUUUCAAUGUAUUUUCUGUUGUCACCGAAUCUAAAUUAUUUCACGAUAUGUACUCUUAUUUUAAGUGAUAAUUUUAAUAAAUCAUGCCAGUUUGUUAGUG